AUGAGUCUUCAGGACAGGUUGAUUAUCACGAAGCCUAUGUACUUCAAAGAAAGUGCUUCUGAAUGUGGGUAUUGCCAUGGAAAGAAGAAGAAUCCAAGGAACUACUUUCCUUUGGAUUCAUGGUACGAGAAGUAUAAGGACGGGUUCGACCUGGAUGCUCCUAAUAGAGGAACGUACAACCUUGGAUUUCAAGCUGAAUUGAUGACUGUGGAGAUGUACGACACACUUUGUAACCUGGGCUUUAGGAGAUCUGGAAAGUUCAUUUAUAGACAUGACAUGUUAAGGAACUGCUGUCGCUUAUUCACGAUCAGAACCUCUCCGGAUCAAUUUCAGAUAACCAAGGAAUUAAGGAAAACGGUUAAGAAAUUCAAGAAACAUAUCACUGCUGUAGAUGCCAUCGAAGAACCUUCAUCGAAGAAUCAAAAGUUUGAUUUCAUUAAAGAAAUUAUUUCUGCAGAAAAGGCCUCACCUGAUUUUAAAACUGUAUUCGAACCUGCUAUCUUUACCCAGGAGAAGUAUGAUCUAUUUGCCAAAUAUCAAGAGAAUGUACAUAACGAUUUUAAACACAACCCGAAAUCAUUUAAGAGAUUUCUUUGUGAUGGACCAUUCAUGCCGCAAGUUAUUACAGGGACUGCUGAGGAAUGGAAAGCUCUAAACGAGUGGCAAGAUCAAGAUUUUAAUAAUAGUACUAAAAUUACAAGACUGGGGCCAACGCAUGAAUGUUAUUAUUAUAAGGAUAAGUUAAUUGCAAUGGCCGUAUUGGACUUUUUGCCCAGUGGAGUCUCAUCAGUUUAUUUCAUCUGGGAUCCUGAUUUCAAAAAAUGGUCUCUGGGAAAAAUUAGUGCCAUGAGGGAAAUGGCUAUUUUGUCAAAGCUUCAAAGAAAGUACUACUAUAUGGGUUACUAUGUAGAAGAUUGUCCUAAAAUGAAUUAUAAAGGAGCAUAUGGGGGAGAACUUCUUGAUGUGUGUAAUGGCGAAUAUGUCUCUCUUGAUUUUCUACAUAGAAAACAAAUGAUUUCAAAUGGGAAAUUAUUUGUAAUGGAUGAAAGCGAGACUGGUACUUCAUCUGAUAGUCCUCUCAUGCGAAAAUUGUCUGCAGAAUCAGAAAACAAUUUUCCUAGUGUUAAUACGAAAGUGAAGUCCAAGAACAUUGCCGAGAAUAUAUAUGGCGUUAAUGGAGAAGCAUAUGAUGAUAUUGAACAAUACAUUUCUGGACUGCUCAACUUUGAUAUGCCAUAUUUAAGCGAGGAUGAGGAUGCAAUUUAUGGCGUGAUUAAAGCAGGUGGUGAUGGGAUGAGUGCUCUUCCGAAUGUUUCACCAGGUUUACUGCCACUACAAGAACUGUAUUUCAUUGUCGAAUUAGAGGAGAUUACUGAUUUAAAUGGAAAAUUACUGAUCCUGGAUACCGAUGACAACGAAAUUAGACCGAUGUUAAAUAUAUAUGGUGAAUCUGAGUCUUCAAAGCGCGUUAUAUGUGAUCUUGUUAGAACGCUCGGAUUAGAAAUCACAGCAAACACAAUUGUGAUUAUUUAA